CUCGUAAUAAACCCAACUUUGGUUACACUACCCUAACCAUGGUUAAACCCUGAGCAGUUUAUAAGCAGCCAACAUGCUGGUGUUUUUCCAUACAGUCCCAAACCCACCAGUAAUCCAAGAUGAUGCUCGGCGAACAUCACCGUCACAAUCCGACCAUCCUCGUCCCUCCUUGGCCGUCGUUGGAUGAUCCGAUGGCUGAGGCUUACUCUACUGUCAAAUAUAAUGCUGCCGACAACAAUAACAGUCCGUUUCACCUUCAAGAAGCGUUGGUUGCACUCCAGCGGUAUUUACCGUCGAACGACCGGGAUGUUGAUUCAGAUUCUGAGUUCUCUGGGUUGGAGAACCCUGAUUCUCCGGUGGAUGCUUACUCCUGUGAUCAUUUCAGGAUGUAUGAGUUCAAGAUUCGGAAGUGCGCCCGAGGAAGGUCUCAUGACUGGACGGAAUGCCCGUACGCCCAUCCGGGAGAGAAGGCACGGAGGCGUGAUCCUAGGAAGUACCAUUAUUCGGGUACGGCGUGCCCGGAAUUCCGGAAAGGGAACUGUAGAAAGGGGGAUUCCUGCGAGUUCGCUCAUGGGGUUUUUGAGUGCUGGCUUCAUCCUGCGCGGUACAGGACGCAGCCGUGUAAGGACGGACCUGGUUGCAGGCGUCGUGUAUGUUUCUUUGCCCAUUCGUCCGACCAACUGAGAAUCGUGAACUCGCCGGAUUCUUAUGACGAUUCGCCUACCAGCGCAAAAAUUCUUCCAUUUUGGUCUUCACCCGGCUCGGUUUCCCCACCCAUGAGUCCUCGAGCGGAGUCUUCACCUCCGAUAUCGCCGAUGGCUCAGUCACUUAGUCGGUCGCUGGGUACAGCUUCAAUCAACGACGUCGUAGCUUCUUUGAGGAACUUACAGCUGGGUAAGGUAAAAUCCAUGCCUUCUUCUUGGACCACGCACGUGGGUUCUUCUCCUCCUCCUGUUUUCGGCUCUCCCAGAGGAGCCGUCAGUCGACCUGGGUUCUGCAGCCUCCCUACCACUCCCAUCGCCACCAGGAACCCUUCCCGUUCCGGGAUCGGGUAUUUGGACUUCUGGGACAAGAACUGCGACGAGGAACCCGUGAUGCAGAGGGUUGAGUCAGGUAGGGACUUACGUGCCAAAAUGUUUCAAAAACUGAGUAAGGAGAAUUCUUUGGAUCGGGUUGAAGAGGGUGAGAAUUCCGGAGCUCCGGAUGUUGAUUGGGUUUCGGACUUGAUCCAGUAAGGGCAUGUUUGGGUUAUGCAAAUACAAGAUUGUUUUCCGAUUAAUUCCUUUUGGGGGGUUAUUUCUUCAAGUUUCCUUGAUUGUGUAUAGCUUCCGGCAUCUGGUAUGGGAGAUUCUGUAUAUAUGUAAUAGUAAUUAAGUUAUGGGGAUGAAGGGUGAAUGGUAGAACCUGCUUUUAGGGAAUUUCCCCUAAGUUCAGGAGAACAAAACCUGAAAAGAAAAAGGAAAAUGCAAAGCUUUUGUCUAGGAAGUAGGUACAGACUUAGGGGCUGCUGCCUUUCUUAUUAUAAGGGUAAUUUUUCUGCUAAUUUUAUUCAUGUAACUCAAGGGCUGUCUAUGCUCCUAUGUAAUUCGUACAAAUUAAUGCAUUGUACAUUUGAUAUCAAUAUAUCUUCAUUGUCAUCUUAAGUGCUUUCUUUAUUUUUGUCAAAUCAACAUUUGUUUGUUAGAUGUGAAUUAAGAAUUUUUAGGGUUUUUAUGGUUUAAGGGAUGAGGAGGGGAGGAAAAAGAUUAUUUUUGUGUAGCCCACCUUUGUCUGGUUUGAGGAACGAACUUGUCUCAACUUCUCUUUGUUUGGAUAUACCAAAAUUAUAAAGGAAAUUAAAACGA